CUUUGUGAAGACUUUGACUCUUCAUAAGCAAUAGAAAGCGUCAUAACCCCCACGUAAACCGAAAUCCGACGGCAUCUGCCCCGCCCGACCAGACGAUGCCGUCGCCAGGACCUUCCCCCGCACCACCGGGUUUCUGGAGAAGUCGAGUGCUUAGAAAUUUAGCAAUCAGGCUCACGCAUAAAUAACUCCUCAUCUUCAUCUUCUUCUUCAUCCCACUUUUAUCUGUAUCAAUUCAUUCAUCAGUUAAUUCAUCACAAAAUGGCUACCAAAACCUGGAACGUCGGUGUCGUGGGCUACGGCUUCAGCGCCAAAGUCUUCCACAUUCCCUUUGUGGAGGAGGUCCCUGAAUUGAAGCUCUACGCUGUUGUGCAGCGAACACCCAAGCCGGAGGAUGAUGCUGAGAAGGACCACCCGGGCGUCAAGUCGUACCGGACCACCGAUGAGAUGGUCAAGGAUGCAGGCGUGGAUGUGGUGAUUAUCACCACUGCCCCGGACUCGCAUUUCCAGUUGGCCAAGUUGGCGUUGGAGAAUGGAAAGCAUGUUAUCUGCGAGAAACCCUUCACCCCCACCUCGCAAGAAGCCAGUGACCUCGUCGAUCUCGCCAACUCGCAGAACAAGUUGUUGGCCGUGUACCAGAACCGCCGAUGGGACGCCGAUUUCGUCACACUCUCGAAGCUCGUCAAGAACGGCUCUCUAGGCCGCGUCGUCGAAUUCGAAACCCACUUCGACCGUCACCGUCCCGAGGAACCCGCCGCCGACGCAUCCAAGUGGAAGAACAAGGUUAUCCCCGGUGGCAGCGCCAUCUACGAUCUCGGAACACAUUUGCUGGACCAGGCGGUUUAUCUGUUUGGACUGCCGGAGCGGGUGACUGGAUUCAUCGGCACGCAGCGGGCGACCAACACGACUGGCUUCGAGGACUCGUUUACCGUGUUGUUGCACUAUAAGGGUGGAUUGUUGGUGACGGCCAAGGCGGGUGUCGUGAGUCCGGAGGAGAAGCAGUUGCGAUUCUGGGUUCGUGGAGAGAAGGGGUCAUUCCAGAAGUUCCACCUGGACUGCCAAGAAGACCAACUCAAGGCUGGCAUGAAGCCGUCGGACAAUGGAUACGGCCGGGAGCCGAGUGACAGAUACGGCUCCCUCACCACCGUGCAAGACGGAAAAUUCGUCAAGGAAGUCACUCCCACCGUCGAACCCCCUACCUACACCGAAUACUACCGCAAGAUUGCCCGUGCUCUGGGCGGACAGGGAGACCUCCCCGCCAGUGGAGCCGAGGCCCGCGAAGUCAUCCGACUGAUCGAGUUGGCCCAGGAGAGCUCGAAGCAAGGCAAGACACUGAAUGUUUAAACGUUCAAAGGAAGUAAAUAGACCAAAAACAUGAUGUAAAUUUGAUAGACAAACAAAGACCAGUACGAAGUAUGAUCACUGAAACUGACUGAAGUUACGCCAAAAGACCCUUAUAUAUACAACUGAUGCUGAAAACCGACUAACCCACGGCC